CCGGGGGGCCGGGCCGACGCCCAGAUGCGGCGGCGGCAGCGGCGCGGAGCUGGGGAGGUCGCAGUGGAGCCGCUGGAGGCGCCGGGAGCCCAUCCGCCAGGAGUCGCGCCACAGGUUUCCAUCCCCGCGCCGGGCGCCCACUGGAGAGGGCUUCUCGGUUCGCACGCGCGGUCCCGUUCCUGAUACCUACACCUACCACUGACAGCAGCAUAAAUACACAGCAUAAUGAAGGACCGACUAGUAGAACUUGUGGAGUUAACCAAACGGUAUGAACAGCAGUUCCCAGACAAGGACAAUGAAUUUGACUCGCCCCCCGAGGAUAUCGUGUUCGAGACGGACCACAUCCUGGAAUCCUUGUACCGAGACAUCCAGGACCUUCAGGAUGAAAACCAGCAGCUGACUCUCGACGUUAAGCGGCUGGGAAAGCAGAACACCCGCUUCCUCACGUCCAUGCGGCGCCUCAGCAGCAUCAAGCGGGACACCAACUCGAUUGCCAAGGACAUCAAGGCCCGGGGCGAGAACAUCCACCGCAAGCUGAGCGCCAUGAAGGCGCUGAGCGAGGUCGCCGAGGCCCAGCACGGCGCGCACUCGGCCGUGGCGCGCAUCGCGCGCGCACAGUACAGCGCUCUCACCCGCCCGUUCCAGGCCGCCAUGCACGAGUACAACCAGGCCGAGAUGAAGCAGCGCGAAAACUGCAAGAUCCGCAUCCAGCGCCAGCUGGAGAUCAUGGGCAAGGACGUGUCGGGCGACCAGAUCGAGGACAUGUUCGAACAAGGCAAGUGGGACGUGUUCUCAGAGAACCUGCUGGCUGACGUGAAGGGCGCGCGGGCGGCCCUCAACGAGAUCGAGAGCCGCCACCGCGAGAUGCUGCGGCUGGAGAGCCGCAUCCGCGACCUGCACGACCUCUUCCUGCAGAUGGCCAUGCUGGUGGAGCAGCAGGCUGACACCCUGGACGUCAUCGAGUUCAACGUGCAGAAGACCCUCGACUACACCGGCCAGGCCAAGGUGCAGGUGAGCAAGGCCGUGCAGUACAAGAAGAAGAACCCCUGCCGGACCGUCUGCUGCUUCUGCUGCCCCUGCCAAAACUAGCAGGGGGCCCAGGCCGCCGCACCCCAUCCCCGACCGGAAUGGGAGGGGAAGCACACUGGGAAAGAUUUUGAGGCUGUCUGCACUGGGGUGAGUUGCCCUAAUCCCUAGGGACCUCAGUCUUUAGAGAAGGAAAAAACUCGAGGUCCCAGAAUUCCAGUCCAGCUCGUACUUGGAAUGAGAGUUGUUCCCACCCGCUGUUUCAUCUGUAAGGACAGAUGCCUACUGAAGUUUUGUGAGGUCAUUAUAUGGCACAUAGCACCCUUGCCUCUUAAAGAAAGCCAAAUAAGGAACUGACGUGGUAGCGUACUCUACGGUUGAUGUCCAAGGCAUGUUUGUACAUGGAUCUCUAGGAGGAAGUCAGUUCUGCAUCGGCUCACAGCAUGAACUCGUUACCAAGGCUUCAUUUACCCUAUCCUGAAAGUACCUCUGUUGUGUUCAUUUUCGAGUGAACCGAUCUUGGGAAAAACUGCACAUCUGCCAUUUCUUAUUCUUCAUCUGGUUUAUGCUAUGUGAUUCCCGCCUGGAUGUAUAUCUUCUUUCUGCUCACCUCCUCUACUUAUUAAAAUUACAUUUAACACUUACUAUUAUUUCUUUACCUCUUACUUUUAAUAUCUUCCAUCAGAAUGUAUUCUGGGAUUUUUUUUUCCCAAAGAUUUUUAAGCACUGAGUAUUGAACAGGCACUCAAAUUGAAGUAUGUAUGUCACAUUAUAUAUAUUUUUCAUAAAUAAAAAUAAUUUAAAAUUUA